GUGUAGUGUAGGUACUUCAUUGCUUGUAUGUUUAUACUCGCACUAAAUUCGUGAAUUUCAUUCAUCAGCUGAAUGAGUGUUGAAACCUCUCCUCUCCAGCGAUCAAUUUGUUUCAUGACAUUGAGGCGAUAUUGUUGUAAAUUUACUUUCGAAACGUUAAUCAGUUCUCAGUUCAAUUUCGCCAGUGAGUUAAAGAACAAGUUUAAAACGCAAUAAUGAAGGCAAUCAUUUUUUUCAUUUUAUCCGUGCUGCUGAUCUGUGCUAGUUUUGUGCUGGCUGACGAACCGUCAACCUCAACAUCUACAACCACCUUAGCAACUGAAGAUCCAGAUUGGAAGGAGAAGACCCAGAAAGUGUUCGAUCAAACAGUCGAUGGAGCAAAACAAGUGGGUAAUGCUGUAGCUGAGAAAACGAAAUCGGGUUAUGUGGCCACCAAAGAAUACUUUUCAAAUAACACGGUCAGUGAUAUAGCUGAAGAUGUUGCGGACGGAGCGAAAAAUGUUGGAAAAACCAUUGCUGAUGGCGCUGAAAAGGCUUGGAAGGGCAUCAGUGGUUGGUUUUCGUAACCGAAUCGUUCCAUAUUGAAUCAUGUAAUUUAUUCUCUGUAAUUGUAAUUUAUGCGACGAUUCUCUAAACGAUCUGGUUUUUCUUAAAUAAAUUCAAAAGUUUAAUUGAGAAGAAAAAA